UCAGUUAACGCGAAGAGGAGACGAAAGAGGAGUCGUGUAUCAUUAUGAUUUUAUUUAUAUCAUUAUGAUUUUAUUUGAAUAUUUUCAUGGUUCUAACCUCAUGAAACAUUUUUAAAACACUUGUACCAUUUCGCAAAAAUAAAAUCCCAAAUAAUAGUGCAAUGAAGUUUAAAAGCACCUCGAAAACUACGUGCACAUUAAGGAUUGCUUCAUAAGAUAUGUUGUCAUAGCAAAUAGCCUACAAAUAUUCUUUUUGGAAUGGAAAACCCUAAAUCUCCAGGAACUACAGGUUAGCAGAUCCAGUUAAUCAAGCAAAGCUACAGAUUCUCUUACUCUAGCCCUGGAGAUAUCUGGGCACUUCAGCAUGGAAAACUGCAGUGAGGAGAGAGGAGAGGUUCUACUGGAGUUACACAUGUCAUGUGACUCUGAAACAUCCUGCACAAAGUCAGUAGCGACUGACCUCUCCAUGGAGGAUAUUGGAAACUUACAAACAGAAGUUUGUGAACUGAGAAAAGUGGUCGCACUGCUGGAGAGAAAGUUGAACCAGCAAACAGAAACUCUGUCUAAACAGGAGGAUGUUUCCACUUUGAAUUCUGUCUAUAAACUUCAUCUAAAACACACAGAAACACAAGACUCUGAUCACAGUGCUGGGGACCAGCACACACUCCAGGACAUGGAGGAUGUACCCAGUAUGUCUCAAGUGUGUGAAACAGAAAUGAAACCCACAGAAACACUGGGAACUGACUGUAACACUGGAUACCAACAAAUAAAGCAGGAGCUGCAGGAGGUACCAUGUCUAUCUCUGGUAAGGCUCUGUAAGACUGAAUCAAACUUUGUGAAGACACGAGAUACUUACUGUAACACCGGGGACCAAUACAUAAAGCAGGAAAUGCAGGAUGGACCCAGUCUGUCUCCUAUUUGUGGACCUGAACAGACCUCUACAGCCACACUGGAUUCUGUAUGUGACCGUGAGAAUCAGUCCACACUUCCGGAGUUGGAGGAGGGUGUACCCAGCCUCUCUAUACACUGUUAUAGUGACCCAAACCCCACAGAGUCCCUGGGCUCUGACUGUGAUGGUGCAAACCAGCACACACUGCAGACUCCAUUAAAGACGUGUUCAGUGAGACUGGUGGACUGCCGGCGUGGUGGACAUGAUGGUGAUGAUGGCAGUAACAAGAAUGAUUUGAUCCCAUCCGAAAGGAAACAUCAUCACUGCUCUCUGUGUGAGAAGAGAUUCACAUGGCCCUCGGAAUUGAAACUACACCAAAGAACCCACACUGGGGAAAAGCUGUUUUCCUGCUCCCAGUGUGGAAACGGUUUCCUUUUUGUCAGCCAUCUAAAAUCCCACAUGCUCACACAUGCAGAAGAGAAACUUCAUCAGUGCUGUCAUUGUGAGAAGAGUUUUAAAUAUAAGUCACAAUUAAAAGUACAUCAAAGAGUUCACACUGGAGAAAAGCCUUUUACCUGCUCCCAGUGUGGAAAGGGUUUUAUGAGAAAAGCCCACUAUAAACGGCACAUAAAGGUUCAUAAUGGGGAAAAGCCAUUUACUUGUUCUGAGUGUGGAAAGAGUUUUUCACGGUCAGGCACCCUUAAGAUCCACAUGAUGACACACACUGGUAAAAAGCCUUUUACAUGCUCACAGUGUGGAAUGAGUUUUGGUGAUAGAAGUACUCUAAGAAACCACAGGUACAUACACACAGGAAAGAAACCUCAUCAGUGCUCUGAGUGUGACAAGAGUUUCAGAAGCAUCUCAGAUUUAAAAGCACAUCAAGGAGUUCAUGGAGGGGUUAAUCCUUUUAAUUGCCCUCAGUGUGGAAAAAUGUUUUUGAGAUCUGAGCGUCUUGCACAGCACAUGUGGAAUCACACUGGGGAAAAGCCUUUUAGCUGUUCUCAGUGUGGAAAGAGAUUCACAACAUCAAGUUACCUUAAAAUUCACAUGAGGAUUCACACAGGAGAAAAGCCUUUCAGCUGCACUGAAUGUGGAAAAUGCUUUACAUGUUCAGGAAAUCUAAAAGCACACCAGAAAUGUGUGCACAGUCUGUCGAUUACAACAUGAGGAGUAGGCACACUGAUGGAGAAAAGUCCCGCUUCCAGUCACGUCAGCCUAUCAGCUCUCAGAGUCACCGUCUGGUCAGACAAUACCUGUAGUUAUUUAAGCUCACACAACUUGGUAUGUUUUGGGGUUUUUCAAUUUCUUGGUUCUGUUUUGACUGUGUUUUGAUGUUCCUUAGCUUUUAUGUAUAUUGACUUUUGUUUAACUUUGUUGUUAUGCAUGUUUACUGCAUAAGUAUUUUAGGUCCUUUUGUCAAAUGUUUAUAUGGUAUAGUGAAGUACAAUUAUAAGCAUUUCAUAAGUUUUUUUUUUUUUACUUUUUAUUGACAAAUACAUCCAAUAUAUACAGGGUUGACCCUUCUUUUUUAAGGCUUCUGCAAUUCGCCUUAGCAUGGUGGAUAUCAGUUUCUGGGCAAAACCUACUUCCACUAUACCAUAUAAAAAUCUGACAAAAACACUGAAGCAGUGCCCUUUGUGAAAACCAAAAUUUGUGUCAGCCUCAAAACGUUUGGCCACGACUGUACAGUGAAGGACAAAUUCCUUUCAAACAUAUAAGAAAAAGUGAUGGUUAGUGACUAAUAAAUCCAUGCAGUUUCAAAAUAUUGUCAUUUCAUUACUAGCACUACUAUUAUUGUUUUUAGUAGCCUUGCAAGCUCCAAAGUUGACAAAUAAAAGGUAGCUUAUCAUGCUUGUCUAAUUAUCAUUACCUUCAAGUCCGAAUAAAGGAACCUUUUCCUAAA